CUCACGGCUAUCAUUGUUGUUAUGGAAACGGGAGUGUUUGUUUGAUAAUAAUUCAAUUGAAGAACCUCUUGUUUUAUCAAUAAAACAGGAUCGGUCUCGUCAAUUCUUACGUUAAAGAAUUGAAAAUGGCUGAAAUUAAACCAAAGCUGCAGGAAAAUCCUCGAGGUGCUCUUGAGCAGUAUAUCACGGCUUUACAGAGCGAAUCCAAGAUGACCCGAAAACAAGCCCUUUUGAAUAUAAAUACAGAGAUAUUUGAGAGUGCAGUGAAUAGCGACUGCGACCUAACUGUGGUGUUUCCUGAAGUGUAUGCUUACAUCCUCAAAAGCUUUUCCGAUCCUUCGGAAGCAUGCCGCGAAAGUGCCGCUGUUAUCAUAGAAAAUUUUAUAGAGAAGUUACCUCUAAACGAUUAUUAUUUAACAUAUAUUUUACCCGUACUUGUACGUCGUAUAGGCUGCCCAGAAAUAGUUGAAGAAUCUGAAGAAAUUCGCUUAGUUUUGAUCCAACUUGUUCAUAAAAUUAUAGAAAAAUACAGGGUGACGCAUCUUCUCACAUCAUUCAUGAACGAUUUUACAAGUAUUUUGACCAAAACUAGCACAGAUCCAUUUCCUAAAGUGAAAUUGGAGGCUUGUGAAUGUAUAAUUUUGUUGUCAAAACUAUUGCAAAGGGAUUUCCAUUUUCAGUCGGAGAGUUAUGUGAAACCUGUUUUGUCAAACUUUUCACACCAACAUUUUAGGAUUAGAGUGGCAGCUGUUAAAGCAAUUGGUGCAAUUGUAAUGGCGGGCAAUGCCAAAUGUUUCGAGCUGUCCAUCACGCCGAUGGCUGAGAAGCUGUUCGAUGAGAACACCCAGGUGCGGCUGCAGGUCACCCAGGAGGUCGGCAACUGGAUGCUGAACUACAGAGAUAGAUACUCUUUCUGGCAUCGGAUGAUACCACUCAUUUUGACCAGUAUGAGUGACGUCAUGGCGGAUAUAAGAGAGACUGCUACUAAGCUCUGGACGGACAUUGGGCUCCAGUACAUGGACGAGAACGAGGAAGACCUGAAGAAGAGGACGGACUUCCUCAAAGACGUGCCCUCACAUUACCCUGACGUCAAGAGACCCAACCUUGGGUGCAGAAUCCUAGUUCAGAGCAAUAUUGGGAAGAUUGUACCGGCUAUUUAUAGAGAAAUGGAAGGUUGGCAGGCGGACGCUCGCCUCCGUUGCGCCCAGCUGCUUUGUUGGUUGCUGUUGUGCGCUGAAGAGGGCGCCACGCAACACGCCAACACCAUCGUCAGGACCAUGGUGCGGGGCGCCGUGGACGAGGACCCUAGGAUCGUUGUUGAGAUAAAACGCGCAGCCGAACUGUUCGGCUACUUCAUCAGCCCCGAGACCUGGUGGCCGCUGCUGGAGGCCGACGUGGACUCGUGGGGAGUCCUGCUGGUGCUCGCCAACAUCCUGAAGGGAUCCCGCGCCGAGCUGGUCAAGGAGAAGGUGUUGGGGGAGCUGUGCAAAGAGUUGGCGGAUCCUGAUAGGUGUCAGAUGAGGAAGGUUAAGUACCAAACCAACCUGAUGCACGUAUCCGAAGCCCUGAUGGACCUCUGCGGGGAGGAUUGCUCUGUGGUCGCAGAACAUAUCUUUACCAUAGUGUUCAACGUGUACGCUAUGCCGGUGGAUGACCAGGUCCAGUUCAUGGCUUUGUCAAACCUUGACAAACUGCGUUUCAUCAAAAAAGAUGGCCGUUCGUUGACAUCUCUGUACGAGAGACACAUCAGUCUCAUCCUCGAGGACAUCAAGAGUGACCCCCUCACUUGGACCCUGAUGUCCCCUGACCGCUGUCUGCUGGAGUGCGUACUGUUGCGUUGCGGUUCAGCUAUAGGCAACCAGUUGCAUCUGAUAGCGCCGCUCCUCACGAAAUGCCUGGCUACUCCCAAAGCGGAUCCGGAAGUGAAGCUGAAGAUAUUCACCAGCCUGUCCACGGCCCUGCUGAGACGUGAGGACAACUUCAGGAAGUGUCAGCGUGACGCUUUGGAGGAGUUCCUCAAGAUUGUCAUAAAAGAUGUAAUAAUGCCAAACUUAGUUUGGUCGCCUGGGCGCACCGCCGAAGCUAUACGUACCGCCGCCGUCGCUUGUCUAUGCUCAGCUCUCCAGGAGAAACCGCAGGAACAGUUACAGGAACAGGGGGACGGCGAUAAAAAUACUAGUCAAGGCGAUACUAAGAAAGUAGACUUGUUCCCCACGAAGGAGUCUCUUGAGCCGUUAUUGGAAGUCAUAGUGCCUUUGUUAGCUGGUCUGGUGGAUGACAACUCUGCCUUGACUCGCCAGCAUACCCUGAGAGCUAUCAGCUGUCUCGCGCCUUUGGCUAAACAACGGGAUUGCUUCACGGCUGAAAUAUUGCAUAAAUUGUACUUUGUUGUCCUCAAGCGCUUGGAUGACAGCAAUGACACGGUUCGGUCGUACGCAGUGCAGACGACACGAAAAUUGUUUGCUAAUCGACCCCAGCCAUACGACACUGUCGUGUUCGGCGCGCAUAUUGAUGCGCUCUACAGUGCUAUGCUGAUUCACCUCGAUGAUACUCAGGAAGCGUUCCGAGCUGAGAUAUUAGAUGCGUUGAUAAUGCUGAGUGAAAUCGAUCCGAAGACGUUAAUGGCGAAGGUUAAAGCAAACAUUCAUCUGUAUAGAAAUAAGGCCGCUUACGAGAGGUUGACGAGACAUCUUGAAAAAAUUGUGUAAAUUUUUUACUACCUUCUUGACCAGUUCUAGUGAGAAUUGUUUUGUUUAAAGUUUUAUUUUGUUUAAAAUAAGUGGUGAAUAUUUUUAUUUAUUUCAAUAUAUUCAGAAGUUGGUUUCAUUUUAUGGAAUAA